UAACCAAUGAGGGCGCGGGGGGAUUGCGGCCAAUGAGAGUGGGGGGACCCCCGGACACGUGGGCCAGGGAGCUGAGCGCUGAGUCCUAGAGCUAAAGCCCGGAGACCGAAAAAAUGCAGACCACCGGGGCACUACUCAUUCCUCCUGCUCUGAUCCGCUCUUGUACCAGGGGUCUGAGCAGGCCUGUGUCUGCCUGCUUCCUGAGUAGGCCAGAGAUCCCAUCUGAACAGCCUUCCUGCAGCAGCGUCCCACUCCCGGUGGCCAGGCGGCAGUUCCGGACCACUGUUGUCUUCCGGGACAUUGACACGGCGGCCAAGUUUAUCGGUGCUGGGGCCGCUACAGUUGGUGUGGCUGGUUCAGGGGCCGGCAUUGGAACAGUGUUUGGCAGUCUGAUUAUUGGCUAUGCCAGGAACCCGUCUCUGAAGCAGCAGCUCUUCUCCUACGCCAUUCUGGGCUUUGCCCUGUCUGAGGCUAUGGGGCUCUUCUGUUUGAUGGUCGCCUUCCUCAUCCUCUUUGCCAUGUGAGGCUCCAUGGAGGUCACCUAUCCACCCCUGCUGCUUCGACUCCAGGCCGUGCCCGGUGCUAGAGUAUGCUGAGCUUUACCAUUAAACACAAUGUUUCUCUAAA